CCCCCACCCACCCACCAUUCCACUCUCACGCGCCAUCGCCCCCUCCUUCCCUACAUAAACCACCAUGCGCGAGUCAAACCACACCGUCCCGCUCUACAAUCGAGCUGUCAUCGGCAUCUCGCAGAUGAUGUACGACCGACGAGCCCUCGACACAAACUCGACCUUGGCCCUGCUCAACAACCUGUGCCAGCUCACAUACUUGACCUCGACGUCGCCGAGGAUACGAGAAGUUUUGACCAUGGACGGUGGCCUUGAGCGCAUGCUCGACAUUCUGCGUGACUCCUGCCUUCCUCGCGAACCAACGCUGCCGGAUUUAUGGGGUCUGAACGGGCCGUGCACUGCAAGAACCAUCAACGUCGACCGCGCUAUAUCUCUCCGUCACUCGCUCGCAUUCCAAUGUGUGGUUAACAUUGGUGUCCGCGGCAACGAGGCGAUUCGCACACGAGUUGUCCAGGCUGGAGCACUCGACAUUGUGGCGCAGAUCCUCGAAUCUUGGCUCAAGAAGAACGGCAUCGCAAUCUUCUCGUCCUCAGUUGGAAGUCAGGCUUCCGUCGACGCGCUGGCCUCCGGCGCACCAUUGCCUGGAGUAGAUGCCCGAAUUCGCCGCCGCCAGGGAUCGUCACGGCACGCCGGGGCCAGCAGCACGCAUAACAACGCUAGCUCUUCGCGCGAUACUCAUGCCCAGUCAUCUCAAAGCGCCCCAGCCCCACCUUCUCCGCCUCAUGUAGGGGGCCACCCCUCCGACGCUAUCCCGCCCGCAGGACUGGGGGCGUCCCGGGCCGCCGCACCUCCCUCGCAACCCCAGGUUAAUGCCCCGACUCCCUCUCAGCCCGUUCCCAUUCCUCCAGGCCCGUUCGGGGCUGGCGCUCCGUCGCGCGGGCUUGGCCAGUUGAUGGUCAACCUUCUCUCCAAUCGCCUGCAGAACCGCCAGACACAGCAGGAUGCACAGCAGCCGCCAGCACCCGCGCGCGUGCAGACGGGUUCAUCGAUUGACACAGACGUCGAGAUGGCCGACGGCGAGACCGAGGAAGGUGGCGAAACUGACACCGCUGGCGGCGACACAGACACGGGUGCAGACAUGUCUAUGGAUGUCGAGUCGGACGCAAAUGUGGCUGGGCCUAGUGCGACGACAACCACUCCGCGCGCUCGCAUGACGGUCCUCCCCAUGCAGAUCCCACGGCGGUCCCCCGAUCCCCUGAGUGAGGCGGCCAGCGCAGCAACUAGCAAUGCCGCGUCGCUUUCUGGCGAUGAGCCUCCAGCCAUCCCCCGCGCUCGUUCGGACAACAGCCUCGCCACCAACGCGGCUGUGCAGGCUGCUGCAGAGUCGGGCCGUCCUGCGUCUGGUAUGGCGCGACCUGCCCAGCUUGGCGCCGACCCCGGGCAGUCUCUGAUCCACGGCGUUGAGCAUGUCGAGGGCAUGCGGGGGCGUCGUGGGACCGUUGUGGGACGACCGCUGCUUGCAAACCGUGAUCAGCAGCGCGCUGCGGACGAGAGCGAGGUCUCCGACCACAUGCCCGAAACCGACUUGGCUUCAGUCACCGCACUUACAGCUGCCGCGAACGCAGCUAUGGAGGCCGCAGCCGCCGUUCCGAACCAGGAGACAGGGCCCCAGCCUGCCAUCGUUGAGGGACUCGCCGGCUUGGCAAACGAUGAGCCCGACCCAGAGCAGUUGGCUGCUGAGCAGGCCCGAUUCGACAUGGAGGCUGGCGCACCUCCGGGACAGCCAGGUGCUGCGCAGACUCCUCGCGUAACGAAUGCGGACAUGCAGCAACAGCCCGCGGAGCUCGCGACACAGGCUGCUCCAGUACCCCCGGCACAGAUCAUCAUCGCCAACCACGCGCCGCGCGGCUUCCAGGACCUCGCGUCGUAUGUUGGCGUCUCGCUGCUUCUCAACCCCGAGGGCACCAACUACUCGGAGGACAACAUUCUGCUCGCGCUGCAAUUGCUUGCAUAUCUCUCAAAAUACGCGCACGUACGAGCAACAUUCCACCACCCUCGCCGACCGAUGCACCGCACUUUCGACCUUCCCUACGACGAGGAGAGCCCCCUUGCCGAGCGCCCCGCCUACUCAGAGACACCCAACAUCUUCUCUCUCGUGGAGAGAUUUACAUUCCGCCCAUCGCCUUCCGACCCACUCAUGUUCCGCAUCCCCGGCGAGAUCCAGUACUGGGCAGGCGUCAUCAUGCGCAACGCUUGUCGAAAAGACGACGCUCAGGGUGGCAUCCGGCAGUGCGCGUACAUGUCGUGCGGCCGCUGGGAGAAGUUCCCACGCGAGUUCGCAAAGUGCCGCCGGUGCCGCAAGGCCAAGUACUGCAGCAAGGAGUGCCAGAGCAAGGCGUGGAGUGAGGGGCACCGCUUCUGGUGAGUGCGACUGGAAAGCGACUGGCUAACGAUGUAGGUGCAGCUUGCGCUCUGAGCCUGAGCCUUCUGCUGACGCAAACGGUGG